GAAUACGUUAAAUCGACCUUUGGUGGAGAGUAGAUCUCAUAUCUUAGCCUAUCAGCUAAUGUGUUUCAUCUUUUCUUACUGAGUUAAGGAGAUCGCGUAGGUGGGCUACGUUUUGGAUGGACAAGCGACAGAAGAUGUCUUGAUUUGUUUUCGCUUCCUCACUCGUUUGUACCAGUGCAGACUGAGACAGAGCGGUUUGCAGACUGCACGUUUCCAUGCAGAGCAAUUUAGCUAAAAGUUUAUUAGCCUUCGGUUUACAUCGGAGCGUCUUCCAGUGCUGAUCUCCGGAGUCUGACGAACCGUCUGAGGAGCUGAGUGGAUAGAUUUGGCCAGACAGGCUGAUAAAUUGCCAACAAUGAAGGUGGAAUUACCUCCAAUUGCAACAUGGCUGCUGCUGCUGCUGCUCAGACGUUGUAUGGGAGAAGUUUAGCUCCUGACGUGAAAUAAGUUUUUUUCUGAAUUCACCUCGUCGACGAAGGUGAAGACAAAUCUGAGAGAAUUUCUUAGGUUCGGAUUUUAAAAGGCCAGACUGAGCAGUGAAACGGGGGCGAGGAGGACUCGGAUGAGCUGGCGGUAGAAAAAGAAGAAGACGGGACUCUGUGUGGAUUUACUUCUCAGUCACUUUGAACGUUUGGAAAAUAUCCAUAUCUGAUCCAUAAAUCCGUCAUAUAUCUCCGUAGUUAAGUUUUCGCUGAGAAGAAAAUGCACUUCUCCAUUCCUGAGACGGAGGUUCGCUCCGGUGAAAACGGAUCUACCUAUGUGGCCUACAACAUCCAUGUCAAUGGCGUGCUGCACUGCCGGGUACGCUACAGCCAGUUAUUAGGCCUGCAUGAACAGAUAAAGAAAGAAUAUGGGAACAACGUAGUGCCCACCUUCCCCCCAAAGAAGAUUUUUACCCUAACACCAGCCGAGGUGGAGCAGCGAAGAGAGCAACUGGAAAAGUACAUGCAGGCUGUGCGUCAGGAUCCCCUGCUGGGUACGAGUGAGAUGUUCAACAGCUUUUUGAGAAAAGCUCAACAGGAGACACAACAAAUCCCUACUGAAGAGGUCCAGCUGGAAGUCCACCUGUCCAAUGGCCAGAAAGUUAAAGUCAAUAUCCUGACUUCAGACCAGACGGAAGAUGUGCUUGAGGCAGUUGCAACGAAACUAGACUUGCCUGAAGAUUUGGUGGGCUAUUUUAGCCUCUUCCUAGUUCAGGAAGGACUGGAGGGAGGCUGCACAUUCGUGAGGAAGCUGCAGGAGUUCGAGCUGCCCUAUGUGUCAGUCACCAGCUUGCGCAAUCCAGACUAUCACAUCGUCCUCCGGAAAAGCUACUGGGACUCCGCAUAUGACAGUGAUGUUAUGGAGAACAGGGUGGGCCUUAAUUUGUUAUAUGCUCAGACGGUGUCUGACAUUGAGCGGGGCUGGAUUCUCGUGAACAAAGACCAGCACAGACAGCUGAAAUCCCUGCAGGAAAAGGGCUCAAAGAAAGAGUUCAUCAGAUUGGCCCAGACCCUGAAGUACUUUGGCUAUAUCAAGUUUGAUCCCUGCAUCACAGACUUCCCAGAAAAGGGAUGUCACGUCAUCGUCAGCGCCGGCAACAAUGAGCUCAACUUUCAUGUCAAACUGCCCAAUAACCAGAUGAAGGAGGGCAGCUUCAAAGUUACACGCAUGAGGUGCUGGCGGGUCACGUCUUCUCAAGUCCCAGUGGCCAAUGGCACAGCGAACCCCUGCAGCUCCAGCAAGUGUGAGGUCAAACUGGAACUGGCCUUCGAAUAUCUGAUGAGCAAAGACCGUCUGCAGUGGGUCACCAUCACAAGUCCACAGGCAAUCAUGAUGAGCAUCUGUCUCCAGUCGAUGGUAGAUGAACUGAUGGUGAAGAAGUCUGGGGGAAGCAUUAAGAAACAGAUGCAGAAGAAGCGUCUCAACGGCUCCAUCCAUCGAUCGGACAGUCAGCAAGCUGUGAAGUCUCCUCCGUUACUGGACUCUCCUGAUCCGAAUCGAGAACAAGUAGUCAAACUCUCGACCAAGCUGAGUUCCGUUUCCCUGAGGGGGAUCAGUGCCUCCAACUCGGCUAAUGAUAUCAGUGGCAAUGAUUUCCAUGGAAACUAUGCCUUCGAGGGGAUUGGAGAUGAUGACCUGUGAUGCUCCUCUUAGACUGAACCACAGGAGAGCUGAGCCAAGCCUAUUUUAGCAGAGGGGGGCACACGGUUCUGCAAGAUUCCAACCCCACUGAGCACUCUUUUGCCAUAAGGUCUAAUACAGCAUUACUCUAAAAGUCCAAAGCACACAUGCACAUAGGGGCUGAAUGAUACUGGGUGGUAAAUCACAUUGUGAUAUUUUAGCUUUUUGCAAUAAAUAUUGCGAUAUUUGGGGGAAAAAAGUCAAAUAAUGACCAUUAUACACUAAAGCAGUGGAAGGGGCGCAUUUAGAAGGAGAAAUAAGGCAUAUGUUUAAUAUCUGGUUAGAACUGCUUGAUGUGGACGAAAAUACCCUGUUGCAGUUGUAGUAUGCCUUCCACAAUAUUGAAAACACAUUAGGGAACCCCUUUGAUGCGCAGUCGUUAAGAAUUGACCUGCUUUAUCUCUGACCAAGAUUAUUUAUCAUCACUGUCAAAAAAAACUUUAAAAAAAAUUCUGUGUCUAAAAUGGUAACUUUACAGGAAAAGACAAAAACGUUCUUAACUCUCAGUGUAAGUUAAGUAACAAAAAGUUGAAGUAAUUUCAGAUCAUUUACGUUGGUCCAUUCGUCAAAGUGAAGGAUAGCUGCCAUGCGCAAAUGUUGAAAAAUAAAAAACGGAGAUAUGGUUUUGAUAUGACAGCAACGUUAUUUUGUUGAAUCAUGUUGAAUGAAUGCCUUGAUUCCUCAAAACACCCAAACAACAUCUGCGAUUGAUCAGGAGGCUCACAGCUCACAAAAACAUUCUGGGAGGGGUUAGAGGCUCAUUUGCGUAUUGCACCCUUCUGCAGUAUAAGUAUUGCAGAGGCUGAUGUGAUGAUAACAUUAUGAAGAGUAAGGAACAACAUGUUGUGCAUCCCUAAUAUUCACCACAAACAAGUAAGGAUCCUACAUAUUAUCAGUUACCACAUGGCUCUGACAUAAGCACAGGUCUUUGAUUUGUUCAGAGAACAGUACACAAACUACAUUCAGUUAGCAAACCACGGUUUAAACAAGAAUACAUGUUCAAAACCUCUUGCUCGUAGGCAUAUCCUGUUUGGGACGGUGACAUCCUUUAAGCAUUCACAGGGGUUUGCAUAAUUAAGUUGGGGCUAGUUUAUUGCAUCCAAGACAGAGAGAGACAUAUUUAUUGGCUGUGAUGAAGGUUGCUGCUUAUGUUAGCCUCCAUUGAACAGUACUUCCUUAUUAGAGACUCAAAGCUGUGCUUUCUCAUCCCGUUUCUGUUACCGAAUGGUUAGGUAUUACAUGAAUUCCAUGCCAUCUUAUCUCAAGCUGAUGACUGCAGUGAAAGCUUUCUGUAGGUCUGAACACUGAUUUGAUCAGGUACAAACAUGUUAACAUUAGCUGGUUAAAAUUAUGACCAUGGCCUCAUGAAUGCAGUGACCAUUAUAAUGUGUUUUAUUGUAAAACUAGGAAGAGCAUAACCAGGUAAAAGUUCAGGGGAAACUGCUGCCUUCAUUACUUCCGGUGUGCUAGUUCUUGCCAAUCAUGUCAUUGUUGUUAUCUAACAAUGCCUUCAGAACCUUUUGUUGUCUCUUCAGCAGCAUCAUUUUCGAUGUGCUGAACAGAAGUCUCAGUACAGGUUCUAAAUGUAAACUUACUCAUCCUACUCAGAUCAUGAAUCAUGCAAAACAUAGUCCUAGAGUGGCCUGCUUUUUCCCUUUGCCUUACAAUAACUCAGCCGCCUUACAUUUUAGGAUCUGCUCGUCAGUUUGAAUCAAAAUCCAGCAUUUGGAACCAAUUGGCUUUGAGCCGUUUCAGUGUUAGGUCCUAGCCAAUGAAAGCUCUGGCAAGAAAUCUUGCAGAAUUUAGUGGAGUUCUGUUAGUGCGUUUGGCAGAACUGCUUGCACAUGCUGAACCCAUGAUUUUGCACAGUAUUAACAAGGACAGAUGGCAUGACUGAUAUUUAUUGAUAUAUUAACCAUAGAAAACAUUCUUGAACAUGUAGAAGUAGUUUGGAAUAUCUGUCGUUUGAUUCUUCUUCCUGUUUUAUUUUUCCAGCCAAUACUUUGUGAAAGGUUUCUCAUAAAUGCCAAAAUUAUAGUUUACUAAAGCAUUUUGCACAAAAAAAGAAAACAUUUAAAAUCAUGGUUAUGUCACUUUUAUAAAUGUACAUGCAAUUAAGAAAAAGUAUUCAAAACAUUUUACUAAUAUGUAUUACUGUUAGUAUAUUAUAAUCAGAUACAUUAGAUCAAAUAUAAUCUAAGCUGUGUUUAAAAAAAAAAAUUAGACUAACAUCUAUCAUUGUUUACAGAAUUGUAGAAAAUUUAAAGUAGAAAUUUGAAAGAGAGAAGUGUUUACAGAUUCCACGUCUGAAUUUCAGUGAUUGUCUUUCACUCAUGCAUUUUAUUUUUUGAGAACAUCAUGCUUUUUUAAUAUCCAUUUUGUAUUUUAUCAAAUACUUCAUGGCAAUCAUCUCAGAGAACUGUGUGAAAAUGGUGCUUGGAAAAUGGCUAUUUUGAAAUUUCAUGCUAGCAAAGUUGUCAAUCUGAGCAAGAUGGCCAUAUUUCCCAUUUUGUGAUGGCCUUCAUUCCAGAGACACAGUCUCCAAUGUGAUUCCUGCUUAACCAGAUACCGUGAACAGGACUGAUUGUGUUCAGGUGUUGGAGAAAAUGAUCAACAUUUGUCUCACCUGUCUGAGACGUAAUGAAAGAAGAGCACGUUCUCAUGUUGGUCAAAGGGUUUCUGAUCAUUUUAUUAAUGUGUGUAUUAUAUGAUUGCUGACUUCAGUUUGCUCACCAGCAUAUCUAGAAGAGAAAGAAGGGUUCAUGCUAUGUACUCAAUGCUAGAGUAUCACAUAAAGCCUAUAAAUGUGCUUUUAUCUUCAUCACCAUGUUAAAUUUAGGAACAAUGAAAAGUCCUGGAUUUCAAUAAAUUUAGGUGCCAAAUAA